UUAGAACAGCUUCGAAUCCAGUGUGUCCGGGCGGCAUGGAAGUUCCUUCCAUCUUGGUUCUUUCAUGAAUCGGUUGUAAGAAGCCGCCGGCCUUGUAGGCACACUGUAGUAUUUAUUUACAAAAAUAAGUUUAGAAUAAAGACUAUGUGUCGGAGAAUCGGAUAUUUUCGUAUUUAAGUUUCUACGGAACAAAUUAGUUGGAACCAGACCCUAUGUUGGACAAUUUGUGAUUAAUAUUUUAAAUUAUAAUAGUAUGGCCCUACCUAGUCGAGCUAGAGUAUAUGCAGAAGUAAAUGCCCACAAACCAAGGGAGUAUUGGGACUACGAAAGUUAUGUCGUAGAUUGGGGACAGCAGGAUGACUACCAACUGGUACGAAAAUUAGGACGUGGAAAAUACAGUGAAGUCUUUGAGGCUAUCAAUGUUAUAAGUGACGAAAAGUGUGUAGUAAAAAUAUUAAAGCCUGUAAAAAAGAAGAAAAUCAAAAGGGAAAUUAAAAUUCUAGAAAAUCUUAGAGGUGGUACAAACAUAAUAACAUUAGAAGCUGUUGUUAAAGAUCCUGUCUCGAGAACACCAGCACUAAUUUUUGAGCAUGUUAAUAAUAUUGAUUUUAAGCAACUUUACCAAACACUAACUGAUUUUGAUAUUCGGUAUUAUUUAUAUGAACUGCUCAAAGCAUUGGAUUAUUGUCACAGUAUGGGCAUAAUGCAUAGAGAUGUAAAACCUCAUAAUGUCAUGAUUGACCAUGAAAAUAGAAAACUACGCUUAAUUGAUUGGGGGUUAGCUGAAUUCUACCACCCAGGCCAAGAGUACAAUGUUAGAGUGGCGUCCCGAUAUUUUAAAGGACCCGAACUGCUUGUAGAUUACCAAAUGUAUGAUUAUUCUUUGGAUAUGUGGUCUUUGGGAUGUAUGUUGGCAUCAAUGAUUUUCCGAAAGGAGCCAUUUUUCCAUGGCCAUGAUAACUAUGACCAAUUAGUGCGCAUAGCCAAAGUUUUAGGUACCGAGGAGCUUUUUGAAUAUCUUGAUAGAUACCAUAUAGACCUAGAUCCACGAUUUAAUGAUAUUUUAGGAAGACAUUCUCGGAAACGGUGGGAGCGAUUCGUACAUAGUGAAAACCAACAUUUAGUCUCACCCGAGGCGUUAGACUUUUUGGACAAAUUAUUACGUUAUGAUCAUUUAGAGCGAUUAACUGCAAGGGAAGCAAUGGAACACGCCUAUUUCUAUCCCGUGGUAAAGGAGCAAUGUAGAAUAAUGUCAACGGUUUCAUCUUCCCCUACUCCCGCUCUCCCAGGCAGCACAAUGUCUGUGGUAGGAGCAGGUGAGUAGCCAAACAGGUAAAGAAAACUUCAUUUACCAAGCCCACCAACAUCCCAUCACUUUGCCAUGUCAUUCGACUUUUUAUUUCCAGUUGUAAAAUAGCAAACAUUAGAUCUUUUUUUUUAAGUAAUAUUGAAACCAAGAUGUAUUUUUCCUUCAAUUUCAAAUGACUUUAUUGUGGAUGUAAUUUUGAAAACUCUUAUCGACUUUGUUACCAAGUUAUUUGA